GCUUUGAGCUCUUUUGCUUUACAAUGGCAGAAGACAGUUUGAGUUCAAUCCCCUUGAAAGUUCGCUCUCGUAUUAGUGAGUCUCCUCCUGCUGCCAUCAUGGCUUCUCUUCCGCGAACCAGCCUUAAUGACGAUAAACCCAAAAGUCGUAAACCUAAAGAUACAAAGUUUAAGCAGCAACGUCUCCCUGCAUGGCAGCCUAUUCUAACAGCAGAAACUGUUCUGCCAGCAUUCUUUGCUCUUGGAAUCACCUUCAUUCCCCUCGGAGCUGUCCUACUGCUGACAUCAAACCACGUGAUGGAAGUAACAGCUGACUACACCAACUGUGUUAGUAUUCACAGCACCGCCAAUACAACCUGCUCUAAAAUCAUCAACAACAACAGUACCUCGAACUGUCAGUGUCGUAUAGAGAUUGAUCUCAAAAAUAACUUUAAGGCCCCAGUGUACUUGUAUUAUGGACUGACCAACUUUUAUCAGAAUCACCGACGCUAUGUCCGUUCCCGGGAUGACAGGCAGCUAAAGGGUGAUAUAUUCCCACCAAAUGAUCUCGUCCGAGAAUGUGAGCCGUUCCGUCUGUACAACAAAACAAUUGGUUAUGCACCAUGUGGUGCUAUAGCUAACAGUUUGUUCAAUGAUUCUUUCCAAUUGGAAUAUGUGAACAGAUCAAGAGUUGUGCCUCUGAUCAAGACUGGGAUUGCUUGGGAUUCUGAUAAGAAAGUGAAAUUUCGUAACCCAUCAGAGCCAUUGAACUCACAGUAUGUUAAGCCUCCCUAUUGGCAGAAGAGCAUCUGGGACCUGGAUCCGAACAACACAGAUGAUGAUAAUGGCUACCACAAUGAAGAUCUAAUUGUGUGGAUGCGCACUGCAGCAUUACCGACAUUCCGUAAACUUCACCGCCGUAUUAACCAUACUGGUAUAUUUUCGGAUAAUCUACCGGCUGGUAGAUAUUCGGUAAUAAUCAACUACAAUUAUCCUGUGACCAGUUUCAGUGGCACCAAACGUAUUGUGUUGACUACAAUGUCAUGGCUGGGAGGCAAGAAUCCUUUUCUGGGCAUCACUUACCUGGUUGUUGGCUGCAUCUGUAUCCUCCUAGGAAUCGUUCUGUUUUUCAUUCGUUUCAGAUGUGGAAAGAGAUCUCAAGAAUUGAACCUACGAUGAGUUACAUGUUGACCAGAAGAGCUGACCAAUCUGCCAGCCACCUGGUCCACUGGGUGACUGGCAUUUCAUGUACUGUGAACUUCUUUUCCUUUGUAAACCUUAAUGUUUUAUAAAACAUACACUGUUUUAUAUAUACACACACACACACACAUAUAUAUAUACAUAUAUGUAUAUGUAGUUUGUGUGUAAAGUAUAUUCAUAUAUGGCGAAAUAUACAUAUACACACAUGCACAUGUUUCUGUUGAUAAUGUUUGUGUAAAUACUGAAUAUAGUAAUGAAUGGAUAUUUAUUUAUACAUAUACAAGGUAUGUAAGCAGAUUUCUGUAUAUAAACAUAUUUGUGUAAUCUGUGUGCUCUCUUUCUCUCUCUCUCUCUAUAUAUAUACACACACACACACACAUAUAUAUACUCAUACAUACUCACUAACAUAUUGAUACCACAGGUAACAGUUGAAGCAUUCCAAUAAAAUUGAUGUAAAUUAAAGCCAUUUUUAACUGCAUCUUUGUGAUAUAUAGCAAGAACAAAGAAUUUAUAAACCCACACAAUUAUAUCUUUAUAUACACAUACUUUUUCUCUCCCUUUUGUUGGUCUCUGAAAUGAGUGCACACAUACUUGCACUUGUGUGCAGAAACACUGGGUUCCUAUUAACCCUUCUGAUACCAUCUGACCCGAAACCACCCUCGGUUCUAUGAUCUGAAUUCCUGGUUUUAAAAUGAUCUAAAUUAAAUCUUUCUUUUGAAAUUUCAUGUUAAUUUAUAUUACAAACAACAGCUUAAAAAUGUCAGUCAUUUUAAUUCUUGGUUAUUUUCAAAAUUUGAAACAGAGACCAGAGACAGUGUAUUUCAGCAGAAAUAUGGUAACAAAAUGGUUGAGUCAUCAGUAAUUUUUUAAUAAACGUACAUACACACAUUUGUAAAUGCAUAUACAGCAAUAUGAGUGUCUACACAUAAACACAUACAUGUGUACAGUGGAUAUUAGUGAAGAAAAUACUGUUUUGGUAGUUAGAAAUAAUGUCCAUAAUGAAGGAGGUGGUUUAUGCUGUGAUAUAGAACAAACCUCUCUCUCUCUUGGCAGUUGAUUACUAAAGCUAUAAACUAUAAUGCUACAUUGUCCUGCUCUGCCUAGUUAUCAGAAGACAGACAGGGACUUGUUACCUGAAAUAAUACACUAGUGUCUUAGUUCAGAGAGUUAACUACAUUACAUGACUAUGAUCCUCUGUGGUUUGUGAGAGGAUUAUGGUUAAUCUGAAUCAGCUUCUGCUCCUAAACCAUAUCAAUGCUUUGUGUCUAUGGAUGCUUAUAUGGUUGCUAAAAGUUUUAUAUAUAUAUAUAUAUAUUUAUUUAUUUAUUUAAGGGCAUUACUAUACAAGAAUGCCUCACGGUACUUUGACCUUAGAGUCCCUCUUAGUGUGAGGCAUUCUUGUAUAGUAAUGCUCUUAUAUAAAUAAAUAUAUUUUGGGGAAUAAAUGAUGGAUUUUUCCCUUAUGAGGUUUUUUUUUCAUGCUAGCUACUUGAUAAAUUCUUAUAAAAGAAUUCAUCCUAUCUUGAAUUAAUUAUAUAUGUAUGUGUAUAUAUAUGUAUGUUUGUAUAUAUAUAUAUAUAUAUAUAUAUAUAUAUGUAUGUGUGUAUAUAUAUAUGUAUGUAUGUGUAUAUAUAUAUAUAUGUAUGUAUAUGUGUGUGUAUGCAUGUAUAUAUAUGUGUGUGUAUACAGUAUAAAUAUAUUCGAUAAUAUUUUCUGCUUAAUGAAUUGUAAAUAUAUCUGAUAUAAUGUCUAUUUUUUUUCUUUCUCUCUCUCUUGUCUCCCGUCUCCAUUUGUUCCCACCAUUAUAUAGUGUGAGGUGGCGCUUGUGUUUUACUAGCUACAGAAAGCUGUUUAACGUUCGUUGCUAAAACAACAAAGUUUAAACACUGGCAUUAAUAGAAAGAAACCAGUGCUGAUGUGAGUCAGGAGAGAACCCCUACCCAGCCCCUUUUUCCUCCAGAAAACCAAGUGCUCUACAAAUGGAUUUAAAAAAAUGUGUUUUGAAGAGAAUACUGACCGAUGUUUUAAUCCCGAUUCUUCUUCUCUGAUGAUGGUCAGUGCCUAGAACAUAUUCAUAAAGGAAGAGCCAAUGCUAGAAACACUUACGUUCUCUCCCUCUGAUCUUUUUUUUUUCCCAUCUUUGUUUCUUUUACUUUUUUUAACCCAUUUAUGCAUAACAGUUUAAUUUUCAUUUAACAAUCAUAAUCGAUAAAUAUUUUGUUAUGUAUAAUUUUCUGACUGAUCUGUUUGGGGGAACAAAAUGCCUUAAUGGGUUAAGAAAUAAAAAAGAAAUUUCAUUUGAAUCGUUAUGAAGUUUAUAGAUCAUCCCACUGGAGUUGAUUGAUCUUGUUGAAUGUGUUGUUACAAACAUGAUGGACAAAGUUAUUUCCUGUCACCCUUGUAGUUAUUGCUGAUGAAUAUGUCUCUAUAGACUAGACAUAUUAAAACAUCUUGACUUUUCCCUCUAAUUCCACUUUAGCCAUAUCACUGUAAUUCUCUCUUGUGAAACAGAUAAUGACUGUUAUAUUUCUUCUCUUCAUGUCAUUCCAUCCAUCUCAUUCAACGCAGAUCUAACUCUGAUUCCCACCUAUCCAUCCACCGCAAGCAGAUAAGUCUAAAAUAAUUUGACAAUCGUCUUGCAGUUUGCAGAUUCACAAGAUUCACGCAUGUGUCUCAUUUUAUAGAAAGAACACUAAAUUCUACAUCAUUUCAAUUUCUGAGGGAUUGGCAUAGGAUAUAUAACUGGUACAAGAAAUCUUCUUGGUGAGAGUGGGAUUAGCCUGUGAUAGUCUUAUUUCUAAGAUAGUGAUUUUUCUCAUCCAUGUAAUAUAAUGGAACAGAACAGAGUAAACAAAUGGUCUUACAAGAUUAUCUUUAUCUUAAUCCUACUUGCUGCCUUGAUAUCACCGAAAGUUCUGGUUUAAAAAAUAUUGAAGAAACAAGUAUUUUGCAUUAUUUUCCAAUGCACUGCUCGAGUUUGUAGUUAGUGCUGGUGACACAAAAAAACAAAGCAGUCAGUACAUACUAUAAAGUAGUUGGUGUUAGGAAGGGCAUUCAGUUAUAGAAACUAAGUUAUAGCUGAGAUUAGUGUUUAACAUGGCUCUGUGGCUCACUGGUGUGCUUAAGUCCCUUCAGAAACUCUAUCUCUCAUCUAUCUAUCUAUAUAUAUAUAUAUGUAUGUAAAUGGAUAAUAAAACGAAUGGUUUACACCAGGUAGCUUACUGGUAAAGCACAACCACUUUCAGAGUGAUUGUUAGGUAAAUAACAAAUGAAAGCCUGUGCCAGUAUGGAAAAUAAAUGUUGAUGAUGAUCUGUUCUUGGAAGGAUGGUGGAAACUUAGUCUCCCCAGUCAUGAUAUGUUAGUAACCAAAUAAUAAUGGAUAGCUUCAGCCAAUAUGUUGUUCCAUUUGGAAGCGACAUUAGGUCGGUGAAUUAAAAGAACUAGUAGAGCUAAAGUUAAGAUGUCUUACUUAUUACACCUUUUAGUAGGAUUUUUAAGCUCAAGUAUAAUGGGGGAGCGGGGGGCUUCAAUUUUGCCUUCUAUUCUUCCAGACUAGGUUAUAAACCAUUAUUUGUAUUUUAAGAACCUACCUAAUCUCCUCUUCAUACAUAUUUAAAAAAGAAAACAUUCCAUAGUUCCUGGGGCAGUAACAUAGCCAUCAUGUCUGCCACAUGGGGCAGGUCUUUAGUUUACUGCAUCCCCUCACCCUGGGUCCCAUAAGCCUAUACAACAGACUCAAAAGUAUAGGGUGCGGCAGAGUAGACGGACGUUUUUGAAAAAUUCACAAAAUCAUUAAUUUUAGCUGCAAAUAAAUUUUAUCGACAUCAAUGUGUUCGUAUUGAAUUAGCAUUUGUCAGAAUCAAGUGUGGAAAACAGCACUCAUCAUGUAGUGUCUGUUUUCAUUGAUGCAUUUCUGAAGGCAUUCUGGAGUCCGUACCAUUCGUGGCACUCCCACCGUUCUCCUAUUCAUUAAUGUACCUCAUGUACUAAGUGCAUUCACUCAGCGUAAGAUUGUGUUACGAGUGAGAACAGCUUGAUUUUGGUGAAUGUUGAAGUGGUGCUGAAACUCACGCUAAACUGCUGUGACAGACUCGUUAUGCUCUAUCGUUCACAGCACCAUGGCUUCACCUGAAAAGACAUAAAAAAAAAUGCUAAGACACCAUGGACUUAUUGGUACCUGUUGGACAUAUGUCCUUCCUUCUGGAGCUGAGUAAUAGCCAUUUCAAAACGUCUGUCCUCUCUGCCCCACCCUGCAUUACUGUGCUAUUGUCUUGAAGUUGGAUGAGCAUCUGUGUUGUUUGAAUUGUGAAAUAUGACAGUGGAGGUCGACUUUAGUGGGUAUCGAUUCAGUCGACCGUGAUACUUCUUGGUGUUUGGUAUAUAGUGUUGCCAACCUUGAAGACGGUCGACAUUUCUUAGUUUUUGUCAUUGGUGGCGGAAGUUUUCUCAAAUUGUGAUGUUGUGUUUUUUUUCCUUUAAAAUAUUUUAUCGUAUUUAUUUCUUGGAUAAUUAAAUAUUGUUAAAUUUUGAA